AUGCCGCCUCGACUGCCCUUGCGGCUCUCGCCGCCGAAGACCUUGUGCUCCUGUAUUAUCACACCAACACCCGCAAAUGCAAACUCAUCUAUCCCGUUCCUCCUUCCGCUUCUCCAGACGGAGUCCCAAACACAUCCCCAACACCGAUAUGCCUCAAUCCUAACCUCCCUGUCCGAUCGGCCUGGCGCAUACAACAAGAAGAUCCGUCGUGGACGAGGUCCCGCAUCUGGCAAAGGAGGCAAAUCUGGUCGCGGUUCCGACGGGCAGAAACAGCAUAGCAAAGUCCCCGCAGGUUUCAACGGUGGACAAACACCUGAACACAUCGUCCACGGAAAAUACGGGUUUAAGAAUUUAUUUGCCAAUGAAAUGUCUCCCAUCAAUCUGGACAAAAUCCAAUCCUGGAUUGACCAAGGGCGCCUAGAUCCUUCCCGGCCCAUCACUCUCAAAGAACUCUGCUCCUCGCGCGUCUUAGGCCGCAUCAAAGAUGGCGUGAAACUGCUCGGAAACGGGGCCUCGGAGCUCAAAACACCCGUCCAUAUCGUCGUCUCGAGGGCAUCGCAAUCUGCCAUUGCCGCAGUGGAAGCUCUAGGCGGAACCGUGACGACGCGCUUUUAUAGCGCUCAAGCGAUACGCCGCAUAAAGAGCAGUCAAACACAUCCGUUCCUCUCUCUGCGCUGGGAUCCGGUCGCCCUGAAGAACCCUCACCUUGCCGUCGAAGGGUCCGAGCUGGUCGAGAACCGUGCCAGGGGCAUGGGUUUCCCAUACAGGCUCCCCGAUCCGAGUUCACGGAAAGAGCUGGAAUACUAUAGGGACGAGAAGCACCGCGGCUAUUUGAGCCAUUUAGUGAAGGAAGGCGAGAGCGCAAGUCUGUAUUUCAAACCACCAAUCAGUGAAGCGGAACUGAAAGCCCUGAAAAGGGAGAGUGCAAGGGGUGGCAGGGCUGCAAAAAGGAAAGAAGGAGACAAGCUGUGGUGA